UGGCAAGGUCCUGCAAUUAAGAUUACGGAUAGCCGUUACCAAAGGGAACGAACAGAUUGCACCCAACCGGUCCAUCUCACAUCCGGAAGAAAUAAUCCGGAAUCCACAUCCGGAAGAGAAAUAAUCGAACCAGAACAUCGACAGAAACAACAACAAAACACCUAACAGAGGCACAGAAAACUGGGGCAUGUGGCCUUAGCAGCUUGUCCGCAAGAUAAAAGAGAGUUAUAUCCUCAGGAAAGUUUGCGAAGGCCCAGGAAGCUGGACUCAAGAACCGUACUGGUGUAAAUCCUCAUUUUUAAAAAAGAACGUAAAAUUGUUGCUUUCGGCAAAUUCUUGAUAAAAUCUCUAAAGAAUCCUCUAAAGAAACUUGCAGUGAACGGUGGACAAGAUGCAAAAGUACGAAAAGUUGGAGAAAAUAGGUGAAGGCACGUACGGGACGGUAUUUAAAGGGAAAAACCGGGACACGCUCGAAAUCGUGGCCCUGAAGCGUGUGCGAUUAGACGAGGACGACGAAGGAGUUCCAAGCUCGGCGCUGCGGGAAAUCUGCCUGCUGAAGGAGUUGAAACACAAAAACAUCGUGCGGCUGUACGAUGUGCUCCACUCGGACAAGAAGCUGACCCUAGUGUUCGAACACUGCGACCAGGAUCUGAAGAAGUACUUCGACAGUUUGAAUGGUGAGAUCGAUCCGGAUGUGGUCAAGAGCUUCAUGUAUCAGCUGCUGCGAGGGCUUGCCUUCUGCCAUAGCCACAACGUACUGCACCGGGACCUGAAACCGCAGAAUCUGCUGAUCAAUAAAAACGGGGAACUGAAGCUGGCCGAUUUUGGAUUGGCGCGCGCUUUCGGAAUACCGGUCAAAUGUUACUCCGCCGAGGUCGUUACUCUGUGGUACCGACCCCCGGACGUACUCUUCGGUGCCAAGCUGUACACGACCAGCAUCGAUAUGUGGUCAGCGGGAUGCAUAUUUGCCGAGCUGGCCAACGCAGGACGGCCCCUCUUUCCCGGAUCGGAUGUAGAUGAUCAGCUAAAGCGAAUCUUCAAACUACUCGGUACACCGACCGAAGACACCUGGUCCGGCAUAACGCAGCUAUCGGACUACAAACCCUUCCCACUAUACCCUCCGACCACCUCCUGGAGCCAGGUUGUACCCAGGUUGAACUCGAAAGGGCGCGACCUGCUCCAAAAGCUGCUCGUUUGCCGCCCACUGUUGAGACUGAGUGCCGACCAGGCCAUGGCACAUCCGUACUUUACCGAGAACUGAAAGCGGUUCUAGCAGUUGCGGGCGCUAUUGACGAUCAAACCGUUGCAGCAAUCCGUCAUCAGCACCACUACGAGUCCGACCGAUACAACGGUAACCAGGGGAAAGGACGAGGACGAUAGCGAUCGUCUGUUGGCUGCCCCGAACAGUGCCGGUACGAGCCGAACUCAGGAUCCGUCUUCUAAAAGUGUUCCACUAGAAACAAUCUUCGAGUGACUGUAACAUCCUUUCUCUAGUCCAACUGAUCUGCGAUGGAUGACGAUUUUUGGUUUUCUUUCCUUUCUCCCGCGCUGAUGAUGACCAAAGACAACCAAUAAUAAUGGCCUGUCUUGUGAACACGGAUGAGGUGUAUUAGAUUAUGCUUUAUGAUUAUGAUUUCUUCCUAUUUUAAGAUUUCAUCCUCCGGCAAAUCCUGUAAGCAUACAUACAGGUAUAUAAAGACUCUCGUGCAUUCAUUCCCAUUCGCCUCCAUGUGAUGGUUAGAUCUUUGUUUCUUUUGUUCAAGCGUACUUUCACGUACUUAUGAAACAUAACAUAGUAUCUUAAGAAUCCGAUUGUAGCCUGGAUAAGACAAAUGAAAUAUCGAUUUGGGCUGCCAUUCGAUACGAUGAAAGGUACAGCCUCAAUUCAAUCCCAUUUGUAUGUAAAAAUAUGAGAAAAUAAAAAUACUUUUAGCACUAUAAAUGUACCGGUUC